AUGGAGAACGGGAUCAAAGACAAGGACAAGGCUCCUGUCAAGACAAAGGCGAAACGCCUCAAUGACACGGAACGGCUAGAGAUCAUCGCGAAACUUCAAGGGUCGAACAUGAGUCAGCGAGCUGUAUCGCGGGAGUAUGGAGUGAGCGAAGGAGCCAUCAGGAAGCUGUUGAAGCAGAAGAACUCCAUCCUGCGCCGCGCUGAGAAUGUAUCGAUGGCGAAGAGGAUCAAGACAUACCGAGCCUCUGCUCCACUCUUCCCUGCUCUCGAGGACAAGCUGUUCCGAUGGGUGGAUGGUUGUCAGAAGAGAAAAGUUCAGGUCUCUCCUUCCAUGGCCAUAGCCAAGGCCGCAGAACUGGCCAAGACGAGUGAUGGUGGUUCAGAGAAGAGUUUCAAGGCCUCGUGGAAGUGGUUCUCGAGCUUCAGGAGGAGGAAAGGACUGCCGAUGCUGCGAGGAGAAGGGAGCAAGGCUGAGCCCGACCUGCAUGACACGUUGCAGAAGCUGGCGGAGAUUAUCGCUAAGUUCCCGGCUGAGAAUGUUUACAGCAUCGCUGAGACCGGGCUGUUCUAUCGGAUGCUGCCGCAUCACAGUUUGCUGCCGUCUGAAGAAGACAUCACAAGUGGCCCAGCGGCUAAACUUCAGAAUGAACGCAUCUCAGUGCUCGUGUGCGCCAACGCGACAGGUUCUCAUAGAAUCCCGUGUGCUAUCGUCGGGCAUGCGUCACAGCCAGCACGUGCCUGGCCGACCCCAUACUUCUCUCAAAGGCAAGCUUGCGUAGAUGGAGUAGUGCUCAAGAGUUGGUUUGACGAGGUGUUCUGCCCUUGUGUCCGGCAGUUCACCUCACAACCAGUCCUCCUCCUUGUCAAUGACAUGCAAGGGAUGGCGAACGAUCAGCUUGAGCAGGAGAAAGUGAAGCUGAUCACGAUCCCAGCGUGUCUGAAGCUGGCCAUUGACCAGGAGCUCAUCGCCAGUCUUAAGAAGAGAUACAAAUUCCUUCACCUCAAAGAGGUCUUGGCAUUCCAUGCUCUGCAUGAUAGCGUGAGAUCGCAGCUGAAAGAGUCUGCAAGAUCUCUUCCUCUGGACUGUGCUGGUGUCAGGUAUGGGAGGCCUGCAAACCUGCUGGAUGCUGCCAACUUCUUGAAGGCUGCGUGGGAGUCGAUCAGCAUGGAUGCCGUGAGGCACUCGUUCAUCAGAGCCAACCUGGGGAUCCGAUACAGAGGGAUGGUGGAUACUGACGCUGCCAAUGACCCCGAGCCCGAUCAGCACGAGUACAACAUGGCCGAGCUGAUUGGAGGCAGUGCUGUGCUGAGCAUCGAAGACCUGAAUCGGUGGGAGCUCGCGGACCAGGAAGACUCGGAGGAGUUCAAGAGGGCCGUUUUGGAGGAGGUGGAAGCGGAGCUCAGUCUCGAGCAUCUAGACCACGAGGACUUGGGUCAUGGGCAAUCCUAUGUGAAAGAUGGUGACGUGGACGCUAUGGAGGGUACUCCCCGCUCCACUGCCACCCCAGCUGCUGACCGGGCCUCUGACCCGGCAAGGGAUGCCGCAAAGAAUGUGGCUGCUGGGCCUGUCGGUUUCUCAGGAUGGAGGCAGGUGUACGAGACAUACGGCUGCUUCAUGGACAACCUCUAUCACCCGGCAGCAGCUGAGUCGGCGGGCGAGCAGUAUGAAUCAAUCAUCGAAGGCCUCGAGAGAGUCAGGCCUCUCCUCAAGGGCCUUGUACAUCGCGACGGCACUUCCAUCCACUUCGCUUGCCCGCCCCCGCCGUAA